GUGGCCCUUAAACGCACCGGCUGUCUGUCACUCGAAGCUCCGGUCUGCGUCAACAACCGCUACGGAGAGCCCGUGUGUUUGUCCCGUUCAUUCUGUACUUCAUUCACGAAGAGGGCCAUUCCGCGGUCCGGGUGUAUGAUGUCAGAGAGCAGCUGCUAUGGCCUGCAGCAGCGGUCAGCCCAACGCAGAAACUCUGGAGGGGUUCCAUGAGGUCAACCUGGCCUCCCCCACCACUCCUGACUUGCAGAACCAAGCAGAGCAGCGCCCCCCAGUCCGCCACAGCACCCCGCCCACCUCUCUGUAUCGCACACAUUCUCUGGGAGCGCCACCCGGAGGCCCACCCUCCUCCUUGCGAGCGGAUCAGCUCCCCACCCAGCCUGUUUACUCCACACCACGGCACAGUCACAAUGGCAGUGUACCAGGUUUCGAGCUGGAGUCAGCAGAGGGCGUCUUCCUGUCUGGGGAGGACGGCGAAGAGUGCAGUGCGCUGACGGACAGCCUGUCAAGGCUACGCAGCCCAUCUGUGAUGGAGGUCCGAGAGAAGGGCUACGAGCGGCUGAAGGAAGAGCUGGCCAAAGCUCAGAGGGAGCUGCUGUUGAAGGAUGAGGAGUGUGAGAGGUUGUCUAAAGUCAGGGAUCAGCUGGGCCAGGAGCUGGAGGAGCUCACCGCCAGUCUCUUCCAGGAAGCCCACAAGAUGGUGAGGGAAGCCAACGUCAAACAGGCAACUGCUGAGAAACAACUGAAGGAAGCUCUCGGGAAGAUUGACGUCCUGCAGGCAGAAGUUCAGGCCCUGAAGACCCUGGUCCUGUCCUCACCCACGUCCCCUGUCGGUGAACUUCCACCUCCUGGUUCUGGGGUGAAGACCCCCUUCAGGAAAGGCCACAGCCGGAACAAGAGCACCUCCUCGGCUAUGAUGGGGACGCAGCCGGACCCCUCGGCCACUCAGCCAAUCGUCCGGGAGUGUCGCGAGGUGGACACGCUGCUAUUCAGCGAGUUUAGAACAUGGAAGGAGGAGCCCACGCUGGACCGGAGCUGCUGCUUCCUUGACAGAGUUUACAGAGAAGAUAUUUACCCUUGUCUCACCUUCAACAAGAGCGAGCUGGGUUCGGCCAUAUUAGAAGCCGUCGAGCAGAACACUCUCAGCGUGGAGCCGGUGGGGUUCCAACCUUUGCCCGUGGUGAAGGCCUCGGCGGUGGAGUGCGGAGGACCAAAAAAAUGCGCCCUGAGCGGUCAGACCAAAACCUGUAAGCACAGAAUCAAGUUCGGAGACUCGUCCAACUACUACUACGUGUCUCCCUACUGUAGAUACAGAAUCACGGCAGUGUGCAAUUUCUUCACCUACAUCCGAUACAUCCAUCAAGGGCUGGUCAAGCAGCAGGACGCGGAGCAGAUGUUCUGGGAGGUGAUGCAGCUACGGAGAGAGAUGUCCUUCGCAAAGCUCGGCUACUACAAAGACCAGCUGUGAUCGACGGACAGCACGGCACUGCAGGCUCACAACAGACUGAUGCCCCGCCCCUCCGUGAGCUGCCCAUUCACCGGCUCACUCCAGAGGAAGAGAAGCCGUCCUCACUUUGCUGUGUAUGAGAACGACUGCGUUUAGCACGUCACCAAAAGACAGACCUCUUGUUACUGAUUUAAUAUUACGCUUUAUUCAGUCACAAAACACUCCAGGGCUCAGACCCCUGUUCUCACUCCCAACACCACUCUCGGAUAUGAAACUGAAAAGCAGCAAGUCACAGCACCAGAGGAAGGUUUCAGCUUCAAUGUUGAUCAAAUGAUGACUUUUCUUUGGUCACAUGGAAACCAAAUAUUUGCUCAACUUAAAAUAGUCACCAUGUUUCAGAAGUUUAAUGAGAUAAGAACGCAUCUGUAUUUAAAAAUAUGAUUAAUUGAACUCAGCCGAAACAUUGAUUUAAGACAUCUUUGUUGAAGAUGGAAACAUUUUACUGUUGAGCCAGAUUUUUGCAGAAAAUCUCAAUGAAACGUUUCCUGUUGGUGCCUGGAUUUGUGAGCUGUUCAUCUGACGACACAAGCUCUGACAAGUAGUCCUAUGUUAGUGACCACUAAUAUUAGGAUUUUUGAAAAAGAAGAAAAAAAAAAAGAAAUAACUUAUUGCUGAUCCAACUUCAUUCCUGUUUCUUACCUCUUCUGGUUUGAUUUCUGCUGCAAUCCGUCAGUGAAAAGCCUUUGCUAAGUCAGACGUGAUUCUGUUCCAAGGUGUGUCAGCAUCACAGAAUGAACUGCUGUUUUGCUUUAAUGAUGCUCUUCAGUUUCCGUUGGAGUCCUGUUCUCAGCAACAAGCACGAAAAGCAACAAACUUUUCUAAGCUCCCUCUGGUUUGGCUGUUGUAUUUAAUCAGGAAGUGUUUGUGUGUUCUUUAUAUGUUUAUUUAAAUGAUCACUGCAGCCCUCUCCUUCUCUCUAAUUGACAAUGUCUCUCUCUCUCAGUUCGGUUUAGUGCCUUUUUUUCAGAGACGCUGAAAUAAAAACAGUAAUACCUCUGGAAGGCCGUCACUCUCCACUCUGUUCCCUCACAUGCAGGACAUGAGUGAAGCUGUUAGAAACAUCAACUGCAGUAAUGUGACACAGACUGACAAAAGAACAGCUUCAACUCUCAAAUUGUCAUUUUAAUGAAGCUGGAUAAAUAUAACGGCGCCAUCUGCCGUCCAAUCACACACCAGUGGAUGAACACUUCAGAAACAGAAGACAUGAAAACAACACAAACACGGGUCAAAGUGAGUGACAAGACUGACAAACAAAGCUCUGUUUCAUGAACUGGUGAAACGUUGACGUAGUAAUUGACGUUUCCUUGAGAAAGAAUUGGGUCGGUCACGCGCUGUCAAGUUCGGUUGAGAUGUUACAGCUUCUGGGAAAGUACUGUAUUCUGAAGUUGAGUUUGAAACCAUGCUCAUUGAGCAGUUUUGCAAUCUAAAGGUCAGGCAAACAAUCCGCAGAAAGUAAUUCAACUUUCACCGCCUCAGCAACUUUCAGUGCAAUGUCUGGUAAGCUAGAAUAACAAUAUAACUCCAGAGGUGUUGAUGCGUCAAGCCUCCAAGUACAGACUCCACCAGCGCAGCUAUCAUCAGUAGUUUUCCUGUGCUAAUGGGGCCAACACUGCAUUUAGCAUUAUAAAUCACCGCGGUCAGCGUCUUCUCCAAAACACAGCCACAACUGGCCUUGGUUCUCACACCCAGGCAGGUUGUCGUGAUCUUGGUGAUGAUCAAUGAGGUGAGUCCAUGGAGGCCCGUUUGAACAAAGAAGAUGCAAAGGUUCAAUCCAGCAUCAUGAAGAUGAGUCCACCUUUCCCUCCUCCCUAGUUUUUUUUUCCUGCAGAGGCGGAUUAUCGAGGCCACAUCCCCCACGCCAGCCCCGGCAGGAUGAGUGCCACCAGGAUGGAAGAGAAGAGGUUGACUGCGUUAUUAUCCAAAAUCGGUUUCCCGCAUAUCCGCUGCGUGGUGGCCGACUCGUAGCUCACCACCUUCCCGAUGCUCGAGUCAAAACCUGCAAAGCACAAUGGGGGCUCCGUUCAUUCACAGUUUCAGGGAAACAAAACUUCAAGACAUGUAAACGUUGUCAGAACUUCAGCUGUUGCUGUGCAUGACAGCAUGUGGCAGGACACAUUUUGAAGUAGCUGAUCACCAUUGAUUUCUUUCUGCACUCUUGAGUGGUUGUGCAGCUGAAGCUGAACAUGUUUUCAUCUGGAGCCAGUACCAGAACAUCUCUAAACUCAGGGUGAAUGACUCGCUUCUGUUUUUGUCAUGAUAGUAAUUUCCACCUGCGUUGGGACAGACGCCACCACAACUCACCAGAGUACUGCAUGUGAGCUCCCAGGAAAGAGUCGAGCAUGGACCCCAGCAGACCCGCCACCCCGCCGUACACAAGCACUGGCCACUGCGGGUCGGCCAGGUGAAGGUUGCUGACCAUCAGGAGCUGUGCGAUGAAGUAGGCCACGCCCACAGUGAGUCCACCUAAAAAGCUGGCCAACAGUCCAACUGCAGUCACACCGCCGUUUGUACCUGGAAGAACCAAGUACCACAACAGUCGUCAUCAUUCACGAACAGUGAAACAGACAAAAAAAAAAACGGUGCACACCACCGGCUCCAGUCCAUGCAACACAUCUCCCACUGAAGCGUCCUUCAAAAUAAUUAAAUAAACUCAAUAUCCAAAUGAAAAAUUGACAUGUGAAAUAUUGUGCAAAAAUAACCAAGUAACACUAAGAUUUGUCUCUCACCAACUCACCUUCAUUUGAUGGAUGUCCCAUAUCUUAUCUAAGUCUGCUGGAUAUAACUUUCAUUUGUAGUGUGGUAUUUCCUUUUCAUUGACCUCAUCCGACUGCUUAAGUCAUGGGGCUGACCAAAAUACUGUACUUGCUUGCAGCAAUAGCUUGAAUAGCUGAUUGAUAGCUUAACACGAGGCGACAUCUGUCUCAAGGACUAAAGUACUUCUGUCUUUUUUAUUUUUAAUUUCAUUUUUUAAAUGAAUGUCUUUUUAAUUUAUCGUGAUAUGUUGUGUUUCUUUGGAAGAGAACAAAAACAUUCAUGCCAGUUACGCGUCGAGGCAAUCUCUCGAUGAUGAAAUGUUCAAGAGAAACAGGAAUAAAAAACAGAUCUUUCAUCCCUGUGAUGAUUUAUUCUUCCCUUUUUGUCCGUCGCUACUGACUGACACAGAACUUCACUAUUUACAUACUUUAUUCAUGUCUUUCUAAGCUAGUGACAAUCUGAUGGUUCAAGCCACAGGAGACUUAUCAGGGCCACAUUGGAGAGACAGAGAGCAGCAGUCGGAUCAUGGGGAGACAAGUUAGUCUCAUGAUCUGUUCUUUUAAUGCGUCAUAACUUUGACCUUUAGACAGGGGACGCUAUGUGUAUCAUCCAUAAAUCUAAAUUUCUGUUAGGGUAGUGAGUGUGUGACUGUUUCCCUGAGUCUGUUUGUCACUGCACUUGAAUGUGCGUGACACCCUGCAUUGAAUCUUGUGACUGUGUGUUUGUGAGUCUUGGA